UCCAUUUGUUUAAGGGGAGGGGUUGUGUAUGAAAAGGCAGAAAACUUCCUUUCUACAUAAAUAUUUUUAGUAGUUCAGAGUUUCGCUUUGACUCUUUUCUACCCAGUGCCCUGUAAAGGUUCCCCGGACAGAGAGAUCGGUGAAAUGGCGAGCAAGAAGGCAGUUUUGUUCAAUCUGUGGGGUGUCGUGGUUUCUCCCAGACCCGCAGAAACUUUCCUCAAAUUCGAAGAGACCCACAAACUCCCCAGUGGUUUUCUGGAGAAGCUGGUGACAAACGAGGACAGCGCCAUGCAACGUGCAGAGAGGGGCAAACUCUCCCUCUCUCAGAUGAUCCCAGAGCUUGAUGCAGAGUGUGUGAGUGCAGCAUCAGAUCAGAAGGUCAGUCUUCCUGCUGGGUUCUCUGUUAAGAGCCUGUUGGAGGAACUCAGAGACUCAACCACCGUCAACAAACACAUUCUGCAGACCGUAGCUACGCUCCGCAGACAAGGGUUAUUGACAGGUGUGUUGGCCAACCAGUGGGUGGAUGACAGUGGGUGUGGAGAUAGCUCUGGCCGUCUCCUCUCUCUGCUGGGCGGUCAUUUUGAUGUGGUGCUACAGUCCUGUCGUACCGGCCUCAGGGUCCCAGAGGCCGACCUGUUCAUCUCCGCUCUCAAACAGCUGGGAGUGCCUCCGAAACAGGCUCUGUGGUUGGCUGAUGAUGAGAAGGGGGUGGGAGCAGCAGAGGCAUUAGGGAUGACAGCUGUUUUGGUGAAGGACCUGCCUGAAGCUCUGAAACAAGUAGAGACCUUCACUGGAGUGCAGGCUGUAACAGGGGAAAGCUACCCAGCCUCUUGCAACCCAGAAGAAGUUUCUCAUGGAUAUGUCACCGUCAAGGUAACAACCCCCCCCCCCACAAACACACACACAGCACAGACAAUGCUGUAUGUAGAAGAACGCGUGUACAUGAUUACACAGUGUUCUUGA